GCUCGAAAUGGCUGCAGGAAAAAAUGAAACAAACAUUGUAAAAAGGAAGCGACGUUUAUCCCGUGACACUGAUGAUAGCGAUAAUGAAAAGAACGGAGAUAAAAAAAGUUCUGAUGAAGAAGGGGAAUUGCCUGCUGAAGAUAAAGAUGAGACUAGUAGUGAUGAUGAUAAUAUAGUAAAUAGCAAGCCUAGUUCUUCAGUAGAAAAACAUAAGCAUAAAUCAAUUACAAAAAUGUCAGUCAGCACAGCAGAUAUAGAAGAUGAAGACACGGCCUACCACAAACCUUCAGAAUUGGCAAAUAAAUACAAUAAGAAAAUGGCAAUGGCUGAUCUACUCAAUAAACGGCGGGAUAAAAAACAAGCUGAAGAAAAACGUAAAAAGGAAAAUCAAAAAGCAGCUUUGGAUCUCGACGAAAUUUUUGGAAAAGAAGAUGGAAAAUCUAGUAGUUCUAGUUCUCCUGCUUCUUCGCGUUCGUCUAGCCCUGUAUAUGGAAAGUCACGAUCUCCUUCUCCAGUCGCCCAGCCUAUCGAAAAAAUGGAUGAUCUUUUAAAAUGCCAAGCAAUUCGUCGACGGAUAGCCAGGAUUGUUCAUGCCCCUUUCUUCCACAAAACAAUUGUUGGUUGUUUUGUUCGUAUUGCCCAAGUUGUUGAUGUUGUUGAGACUGCUAAAGUCUAUGAAGUGGAACCCAAUACCGACAUACGCACUAAUAAAGGCUUAAAACUUAAAAUUUGCAAUAACGAUGCUCAACGUGUCAUUCGCCUCGAAUUUGUUUCGAAUAGUAAUUUUACAGAAACUGAAUAUUCAUUUUGGUUAAACAGAAUGAAAGAAACAGAAACUUCACUUCCAACAAUUGAUUUUGUUAAGAAAAAACAAAAAGAAAUGCACGAUGCGUUAAACUACAAAUUUACUGAUUCUGAAAUUAAUUUAAUGGUGCGAGAGAAGAGUCGUUUCAAAAAACAACCAACGAAUUUUGCUUUUGAGAAGUCGGAGUUGAUUAAACAAAAGGUUGGUUCAUAUUUUAUAAUAAUUGUAUGUAUAGGAAUGGUAAUAAGGCGGGGAAAAAGUAAAGUUUCACCUCUGUAUCCCAGACGAUAG